AUGAGUACGUCAGUAUCUCCUUCAACUGCAGUGACGCGGCUUGAUUCAGGAGCGGAAGUGCGCAUUUGUUUGAUGAAUGUGGGCGGGGCUGCGCGCCUGCGCGUCAGCCGGUUCAAAGUGGACGCCUACCAGCGCUUUGACGCCGUCAUCGGCUUCCUCAAAAAAGCAUUGAAGAAAGACCUCCUGUACGUCUACGUCAACAACUUCAUCCAGCCCCAGCCUGACGAGUUCGUCGCAGAUUUGUUCGAAGUGAGUGGCUCCCUGGCCGGCCUUGUCGUCUCUGUAUCCGCUUGA